UCGAGUUUCAGAGCUUCGGUCCAGUGGUAAUAAGACACCAGUGACCUGAAAUAGCGGAUUUGAACGCACAGCGGUACAUGGGUUAUCACAAGCCCUCGAUGCCUUCAUGUAUUCUUACCAUUACCUGGAUGAGACGGAAAUGCUCUUAUUGUCCUCAAGGAUCCGCGGAUGUAGUAUUUUAUAACUGCUAAUUACUUCGAAGCAUUUAUCGCUGACAUCGAAAUUUCGCAGUGACCAAGGCUGCUAGUGCUUACUCAUAAGUCAUGGUUUAGGAUAUCUUCUGAACUAGCUAGUAGAGUUGGUAAGUUAGAUCACUGAGGCACCGAACAUUUUCACUUUGGACGUAGCAUUAGUUGUCACACAAUGGCAAGUACUUUGAAAACGCAGUUCUUACAACUUUGGCACUAUCUGCAAGACCCGCAUCAUGUUGCGCUAUUCCAACAAAUGUGUGGCGUAAGAGGAACAUUCUCAAGAAACCCAGCAGACUGUACCGAAGCGAGGCAGACGAGCCUACUCAGCAACGGCGCGUAUGGCAACGGGGUCCGUUUGAACGGAGGAGGAGAGGGGGAGGCAGCCGAUCAUCUGCGGCAGCGAAAAAGUAUCUCUAUUGACAACUGUUGUAGGGCAGCGGCGUCUGGUAGUGAUGAUCGGCUAUUAGAAACAGCGGUGUCGAAAACUACGGGGGAGAAACCAGGGUGUCAUAACCGCUAUAAUAAUCCCCACUCCGCUGAUACCAGCGAUGGCGAACAUCCGCAGGAGAUGGGGGAAGUAUCGGAAAGUAACGGCCCAGGCCUUGACGACAUGUCGGAGGUCACAGACGACUCGACCUGCCCCACUAGCACUGUUAAACCUCUGCGUAAGAACUCUCUGACUGAAGACGCGGGGCAAGAGUUUCUCAUCGAGAAUAAGUUUUUAUUCUACUUGUUCACUUUCGGAUCUGAACUUGGCAAUGAACUCUUCUACAUCACUUUCUUCCCCUUCGUCAUCUGGAACGUGGACGCCUACGUGGGUCGGCGGCUCAUCGUGGUCUGGGUCUGGGUGAUGUACGUGGGCCAGUGCACCAAGGACCUGAUCCGGUGGCCGCGGCCCGCCUCGCCGCCCGUGGUCAAGGUAGAAAUGUUCUACAACUCCGAGUACAGUAUGCCCUCCACGCACGCCAUGUCCGGUACCGCUAUCCCCCUCUCCCUGUUCCUGCUCACCUACGGACGCUGGGAAUAUCCGUUCCUGGUGGGCUUCACGUUGGCGCUGAGCUGGUGUGUGUUGGUGUGUUUGAGUCGGAUCUACAUGGGCAUGCACUCCAUCCUGGACAUCAUCAUGGGUAUCCUGUACAGCCUGCUGAUUCUGCUGGUGUUCAGUCCGGCGCUGGAGCCCAUUGACCGCUUCAACCUGAGCCAUCGCUGGGCGCCGGUGCUGAUCGUGUCGCUGCACGCGGGGCUGGGCCUGUUCUCCUUCACGCUGGACACGUGGAGCACGUCGCGCGGCGACACCGCCCAGAUCCUGGGGUCCGGCGCCGGCGUGGCUCUGGCCUCGCACCUCAACACGUGCCUGGGGCUGCUGCCGGACGCGCCGCUGUCCUCCCUGCCGCUGCGCUCGCCCCCGCUGACCGCCGCGCUGGCCGCCGUCUGCGUGCUGCGCUUCCUGCUGGGCGUGCUCAUGCUGCUGGCCACGCGCGCCGUCAUGAAGGCCGUCACCAUCCCGCUGGUGUGCCGGCUGACCGGCGUGUCCGGUGCGGACGUCAGGGAGGCGCGGCAGCACAUGCAGGUGGAGCUGCCCUAUCGCUACAUCGUCUACGGCACCAUCGGCUUCAACGUUCUCUUCCUCGUGCCGCUGGUCUUCGGCUACCUGGGCCUGUCCUGAUUGGCUCGGAGGCCGGAGCACACCACCAAUGACAUUCCUCGCUCUGUAUGACCCGCCCCCAUCAUCCACCCCACUCCCACCCCAAAGCCACCAAUGGUUGAACAGCAAAAUGAUUGAAGCGAUUGAAAGCCAAUCAUUUAGUGCUGCUCUGUCAUAUUGAACUGUUUUAUUGUUCUUGUUUUUUUUAUUUCUAGAUACUUCAUUCAUUCUGAUCGGUUUGAGUUUCAGCUCUGUUGGCUCUUUUCUGGGUUCAGGAGUCUUGUUCCUCUUGUGCGAUGAUUUCUGUGCGAUGAUUUCUGUGCGAUGAUUUCUGUGGUGAUUUCUGUGCGAUGGUUUCUGUGGUGAUUUCUGUGGUGAUUUCUGUGGUGAUUUCUGUGUGGUGAUUUCUGCGUAGUCUCAGAGAUUCCUCACGCCUGUCUGAGGUUCUCCACAGUCUUCGUCAUCCACCCUCUCUCACCUCGCUUAGCCACACCCACCCCAAGGGGCUCUGAUGAGGAACGCCAUGAAUAAACGUGUCACCCUAAGGCCCGCCUGUGAUUGGCAGAGGGCCUCCUCUGUGGCCUGUACCACUAGUGCCUUUAAUGCAGGGGGGUGAAGGAAGGGCUCAUGUCAUGACAGCCCUUGUGAAAUGCACUCUGUAGUGGAGUGGAGGUGUGUGAGAUGACAACUCUUGGCUCUGCACAGAACCGGUUCCUCAAUGAGAACACACGGUUCCCUUUAUAGACUCCUGGUGUCUGCUUACCUGUCCUGGGCGUGUGUGGUGGUACCUGGUGGACCAGGUGUGGCGGAGCUCACCUGUGCGCUGGCCUGGAGACUCCACAGCGCUGUGGUACUUUGAUGUGUUGUGUUGUCUCUUUAGUUUGUUUACGUCUGAUUGAUUGUUUGUUUGUUUGUUUUGUGUGUAUUCAGGUAGCAGCACUGCUAAAUGAAAGAAGAAUGAUGAUACAUUUUCAUCACCUAAAACUGAGCAUUUUUUUUAUCCACGGCCUUAUUAAGAAAACUUCUACUUUCAUGCCCCAAGCACAUAUUCUAUUGUCCUACCCAAAGCACAUAUUCUAUUGUCCUACCCAAAGCACAUAUUCUAUUGUCCUACCCAAAGCACAUAUUCUAGCGACAGCCAUUACAGAUUGCAGGGUGAAUUACAUCUUCUCUAUGUCUAAUCAAUGUAUUUUAAGAGCCUUAUAGAGAGUUUAUAAACAUGCCUUAUAGUGAGUUUUUAAACAGUAUUUGGUUCAAUUCUUGUGAAGUUAAAAACAUCAAGCCUGAGUUAUGAUGACCAAAUUGACUUUGAAACUUCUCUGCAUAAAUACUGCAGGGUUAAGUUUGAGCUGGUUUGGCCGUUGGUGUUUCACAUGUUCUCUCUCACUUUGUUCCUCUCGGGGCCACCAUACUGUGCACAUAUUGCACUGUUCCCAGAAUGCACUGUGUUCCUCAGCUGAUUGCCUUCACUGGUCUCCAUGGUGAGGACUGCCUAAGGCCCCAGCUAGCUUGUGUGUGUUUAUUUGUGGUACCUAGAUUUGUGUGUGUGUCUUUUGAUGUAUAUAUGUUUUUGUUACCUAAAACAGAUGUGUUUUCUCAGUAGCAAGUAAAACGAGUCAGUGGCCUCUAUUCUGAGAACCCAAACAGGAAGUGGUUUGAGAAUAUUACCUGGACAUAGUACGCUGACCUUAGCUUGACUGUUGGUGACUUUCACUCUCUCCCUGUCGGCGGUCCUCUGUAUGUGUGUGUGUGUGUGUCUGUAUCUGUGUGUGUGUGUGUGGGGGGGGGUAGUGUAGACUGUGCUGAUAUAUAAACCAUGAUGCUCUUCUUUCCUCUGAAGUGUGGCUGCUAAGCUAUGCUCCACCUACUUCUUGAUCUUCAACUCAGUGACUUUUUAACUUCUUUCCUCUUACCUUUGUCUCGCUGUCUCAGUGAAAUGGGUCAGACCAAACACAAGUGUGUGUGUGUGUGUGUGAGUUUGUGCACGUUUGUAACUGAGGCUCAGUGAGGUUAUAGCUUCAUGGUGCAACUCCCUCACAACACACACACACACACACAAAUCAUUCCUUGUGCCUUAGCCCCCAUACAAACCUAGAAGGAGCCCGUAACAGACUCACAUUACAACGGAUAUCCUUAACACAGUGGUCUUAAUCUAGUGUUAAAAGCUCACAUUAACACAGUGGUCUUAAUCUAGUGUUAAAAACUCACAUUAACACAGUGGUCUUAAUCUAGUGUUAAAUGCUAACAUAAACACAGUGAUCUUAAUCUAGUGUUAUGCUAACACUAACACAGUGGUCUUAAUCAAUUAAGUGUGUUAAUUAAGUAAUUAAGUGUGUUAAACACUCACACUUACAUGGUUGAUCUAAUUAGUUCAGUGUUAAAAGGUGACUAGCAAUCAUUUCAAUCAGUUUAGUCAGUAACACUAUCAUCUCAAUCUAUCUAGUGUUAAAAGCUAACAUUAACAACAUCAUCCUUAUCUAUCUAUAGUGUUAAAAGCUAACAUUAGCAACAUCAUCCUUAUCUUUCUAGUGUUAAAAGCUAACAUGAACCACAUCAUCCUUAUCUUUCUAGUGUUAAAAGCUAACAUGAACCACAUCAUCCUUAUCUAUCUAGUGUUAAAAGCUAACAUUAACAAUGUCAUAUUUAUCUAUUUGGGGUUAAGGGCUCAGUCAACCUUAACCGGUGUAGUGUUGAGGCUUCACUGUAAUCGUAUUCUAAAUGGGUGUAGUGUGAAUGCCCACCCUUGUGCCAGUUGGGGUCAUUUCAGUCAACUGACAAAAACAUAGACAACUCUGUUCUGAGUUUGCACUUGAAAUAGCAUAAAUAACCUGUGUCUUAACGUGGUCUUCUGUGUGCCAAACAUUUCAGUAAUUAAACUGUGGAUUAGGGCAUAUUUAGUGUGCGUGUGUGUGUGUGUAUGUAUGUGUGUGUGCACUGUGGAUUAAGGCAUAUUUAGUGUGUGUGUGUGUGUGUGUGUGUGCACAGUGAAUGACAUGUUAUUUGGAUGUUUGAAAUGGAAUGCUUUGGAACUGAUGGGUCUGAAAGGCAGGUGCUGCUUGGCUCUGCACACCAGGAGGGAUCUGGUGCUGAUUCCACACUGAUGGAGUUUCAGCCUGCAGUUAGCAUACUGUGGCCAUUAGCCGUUAGCUAAUAAUCGUGUAAUGGACGUCUCUGUUGGAAACAGGAGCUCUUAAAGCACAAUUCCCACAGCUCCGUACACACUGGGCCUUUGUUCACUACCAGGCCCUAUCUGGGUCCAACCAUCAGCCUCCACCAGAUUAUUCAGAGAGAUAGAACUAUGCCGUGCCACUGUGGUCACAGGUAGAACCCAUAGAGGUGGAACCGGGCUUGGAGACUGACCACAGGUAGAACCCAUAGAGGUGGAACCGGGCUGAGGGACACUGUUCACCGAACCGCUCGGGGUCAGCUGUAGUUCCAGAGACCCCUGCUGCUAGGCCCGGUACUUUACUCUUUGAGGUUACUAGAACCCUACAUCUGCAUUUGUGUUCCUAAUGCUUAUCUGCUGGAGUACAACAUAUCCGCUCUAGAGAUGCACAUCAGAUCUGCUCUAGAGAUGCCACCGGAUUGGCUGUUGGGUUCUUGUGCCUGUUUCUCGUUGGUUCACUCUGCGAGGACCAACCUAUUAGCCUGCAGCCUGCCUUUGUCAAAUGGAACUGAACUUCACUUGUGCUGAUAUGCUGUCUGCACUAUUUGACUUACUGUGUGUGUGCACGUGUAUACAGUUCAUGAGUAGUGUAUCUGUCAUACUGAGCCUGUACACAAUGCUGAUGACAGCAUUUCAGGAAGAUACCUAGACCACUAAGCUUCCCUCUGCGAGUAUACCGGUAUGUGUGUGUGUGUGUGUGUGUCUCUUUGUAGCUGGGAUUUCUCUCAGCUUAUUAAUCAGUUCCUCUUGUCUGUGCUCUUCAAACCAAAUGAAUCCUUAGACUGCCUGGUUUUGUUGUCUGUGUUAGUAGUAUAGCUUCAAGUCGGGUACCUUAAAAUCUCUCAAAGGCCUUAGGAUGGAAAGCCUCAAUAUAGCUACUUGUAAGCAUGGAAACAUAAGGUACGUGUUAGGUACUUGUAAGCAUGAAAGCAUAAGGUAUGUGUUAGGUACUUCCCACAUAUUAGUACUUGAGGAGAGGUACAUCUAAACUGAAUGUGUUUGUGUUUUGUUUCCAUGGCAUUUGAUUACAUGUAGAAUGAAUGAUUACUCUCAGAGAAGACUGAUCAUUCAGUCCUGUCUAUUUUUUAAAUGAUUUGAAACGUUGAAUAAAAUGUCAUGUCUGA